AUGUCAAACAUUAGGAUUGUAAAACGAAAGGCCAAGGGCUUCUUCAAGUCGGAGGACCUUGUUACAAUCAAGGAUGCUGUCAAGCAUGCUCAUAGGAUCAUGUCAGAUGCGUCCAUACUCAUCCGAUCAUAUUACCUGCGAUGGUUCCAGAGCUCAUACCCUCUUGAGUCAGAUGGCAAAGAACUUGAGCUUGAGCACUUCCAUAUAUCCAUGGCCUGUAGCAUAGUCCAAGGCAUAACAAGGCCUCCAGUCCGUGGUGUUGGUCCUGAACGAUCUGCUAAGAUAACUAUCUUCAACGACAUGUUAGAUGAGCACAAGAAGCUGUAUGAACGUCUUCCGAAUGAUAAAGGGUUCGAAACAGACCUCUCUCUAUCACAUAUCUUAGCAUACUCUAUCGACAACCUCCUUACCGCGUAUAAAAACAACAUCGAGACCCACUUCUUGAAAUACACCAAACGUUAUAUCCUAUGUGACAUGCUGGCUAAGAAUAUGGAUAAGUCCGAAGCAAGGAGAGUGGCUGCUAUAUACACCAACGUUUAUAUGUACGACGCAACACUCGACCUACAACCAGAUUUGAUGCUAAAAUAUGGUCUCCAUGAUGCCAGCUACUCGUUCCUAUUUCCACCUAAGAUAAAGGAGGAUGCUCCUAGAGUUUAUGAUCUAAAGGCAAACCCAUGGGUCUAUCUGCCUAAGAUGGUUAUGAUAAAUCAGGCCUUAGAGACAGACUUCCUAACUGUGAUGCACAAGGAGAGGAGGCUGCUCAAUCCAUUGCCUUUCUAUUCAUCGUUUGUCCCGAUGCACAUACGGAUUGAUACAUCCGGCUUAUCGCAGCUGCUGAUGACUAAGGACCGUAUUGAUGACUUCAAGAGAUUUUAUCUUGCUGAGUUUGGAGUAAGUCUGAAUAUAUCAACCAAGGCUAAUAUGCUAGCAAGUUUUGAGAAGAUCUUUGGACGGAAAGCAACAUCGAACAGGGAGGCCGGGCUGUACGCAACAGAGAUGUGGAGCUUCUUGACAAACCUAAAGACGUGCCGACAAUGGAAGGAGCUUGACGGGGUGGUUCGUAAGAACGAUCCUAAGAGAACACAAUGGAUGUUUGAUAAUGCGGUUGUAACGGAUGGUGUGUCCAUCUCAUUCCAGGUCAUUGAUAACAACAUGUUCGGACGUAAGGUCUUCUCAUCCAAGAAGAAAGCAACAACAUGUGAGAAGGAUGAUGAACAAGAUAGCAAGGAAGUUACAAAAGAAGAUCUAAAGACAUCGAAGCUAUUGGGUUGUGAUCCAGGAAAGAGAGACAUCCUAGCCAUAACAGAUGGAGUCAAGACAAUCUGUUACACCAAGGGGCAGCGAGACAUGGACACUCAUAAGAAAACAAGACUGAGAAACAAUCUAAAGCGGCGCAGAGGGUGUCACCUAGAAGCAUAUGAAACACAGGUUAUGAACCGAUUCCAGAAACGAUCUUGCCAUCCCGAGAUGUUUCAACGCUAUGCCUGUUCCAGAAAGAGGAUGCAGGAAAGGCUGCUUGAGUGCUACUCUCAUCCAGUCUUUAGAGAGUUCAAGUUUUUGGUUUAUAACAAGACCAAGAGCUCCGAACAUAGGUUUAUGCAUAGAGUGUUUACAACAUUCAAACAACCGCAGACAAACCUGGACAAGGCAAGGUGUGCUUCCGGAUCUAUGCGCAUGAACGCUUUGAAGGAGGUCCAUAAGCACCAAGACAUAACUAUCGGAUGGGACAAAUCAUUCACCAUAAAAAAGAACACUGUUACAUACUAUUUCAACAAGUACAAUAAGUAUUUUGUAAACUCAUUGUUCAUUCACACAAAAUUCUUGCCAUAUGACCCAUCAUUCUUCACAAAGAAUGUUAAAUUUAUCAAGAACCUUUCUACUGAAAUCUUCAACAGCACUAUUAUCGAAUGUUUCAGAAGCAACGAUGCAAACAAGCUAGCACCACUCUUUCAGGAUGCUCCAAGGACUGAAAAACCCAUGCUGCUGUAUACAACGUCAAAUGACUUCAGAUCCUUCAAGAAUAAUGAUGUGUUUGAGAUCGACACAGCGUUCCCAAUGAAACUCAUGAUGUUUGAAGAUCAAUUGAGCAUGAACAUGCAAUCCAUUCGAUGCAGGCUCCUUAUUCCAAAGAACACCCCUUUGAUAGCUUUCAACAGUCAGGUGUACCUCAACGCUAAACAUAAAUUUCUUGUUAGAGAUAAUGCCAAGGAGAUCAUCUAUUACAAUGGAAAGUAUAUGAGCAAUUCAACAACAUCUGUUCCCAAAGAACAACCAUCAUUUAGCAGCAUCUGCCCCGCUGAUUUUAGAUUCUACAAAACAAUCACUGUCGUUGACCUGAUCCUUCUUGAAGACUAG